UUCACAAAGGAAGGAAGCCGGCAAACAGCAGAAGCGGAUAUUCGGUUUAGUGAAGAGAUAUUAUUCAUACAGGAAAGGAAAGAGAUGACUCGCCAGACGGAAAUGAGCCUGUUUAUGCUGGUACUAGUAUUAGCUAACAUAAUGAUCUGCACCUGGGCUUAUCCUCAACAUCAUACAACAGACAUUGGUCAGAGAAAGUUUGCCGAAAAGCCAAAUGCAAUAAAAAAAGUGGCUUUGGAUGAAAUAGACGAGAUACAAACUAAUCAAAUACAAGAUGGUGGUUUCUCGUGGUCCAAUAUGCUGGGAAUUUUAAUGCAGAUGAUCUUCAAUGGCGGUGGCGGAGGAGGUGGAGGGAACGCGCCGACAAAAUCUGAUGACAUCGAUAAUGGUGUAUCGUCGUUUGGACAGUCGCCGUGGGCGAAUGUUAUUUCUGUUGGCUUAAAAAUCAUAAGCAGUUUGUUGGGAGGCGGCGGCGCAGGCGAUGGCAUCGAUAAAGUGGAUAAUGGAGGAUCGCCAAUGCAGAACGUUUUAGCGGCCGUAUUUACAGCCAUGUUUGGUGCUAAAGAUCCGGAUCAAGUAAAUACGAUGGCAAAACAAGCUGGAGAGUUCAUAAAUAUUGUUGUCAAUUUGUUGGAUGCUCUAAAAACUUCAUUCUCGCAUCGAUCACUUAAUGCUCGGAGUUUGGGGAAAAAAGACGUAAUUAGUGACGCAGCUGUAGCUAGUCUAGCAAUGCUGAAAGGCUAUGCGCGCAGCAAACGCAAUUCUGAUGAUUUGUGUAUGCAAAAAUUUCUUUGUGAAGCAAACACUGACUGUAUGAGUGCGAUCGGUGGUACUAGCAUAUUCUGCCAGAUAGGAUCUUACGCUACCAGUUUUAUUCUUGAGCGACAAACGGGGAAACAGUUUGACAAUUUUUACGAAGCAGGAAGAAAUGGUCGUUCUGGGUUCGAUUGUCGACAGUUGUAUCUAGAGUGCAAUGAGGUAUAAUGUACAUGUAAUUUAGUAUCUUGAAAUAAGAAAAAACAUUGCUGCAAGUGAUCUAUAACUGCGGUAAAUACCAACCCUUUCGUAGAACAUUGUUGCAACUGUAAAUUUAUUCAAACAAAGGAGCAAAAACGUAAUGGCACUUAUUUAUAUAAUCUACAAUUCUUUCAAUGAGAAUUUAUUUAUAUUUUAUUUAACCCAUCCAAUCCUUAUUCAGUGCAAACAAAUCCAUUAAAUAAAUGCGGAAUUCCCUGACAAAUGGUUCACAUUCAGGACCAUCUCUUCUGACGAACCUUACCGACAUUCCCAAAUUCAAAUAAUGACUAAAUUAAAU